GCUUUCAAAGGGUUGGGCGGGAAUUGGUCUCACAGUAGCUCCCUGGAGGAUUGAAGAGGCGUCUUCGAUUUUUUUGAAGCACUGUUAUAAUUGUUCUGUUUAGAUCAAGAUGUCUAGCAAAGCAAGUUCUUCCAAGAAAAGGUCUCAACAGUUAAAAAGAAACCCAAAAAGAAAAAUUGAUGAUGAGGAAGUGGAGUUACCAGGGAAAAAGGUUAGAAACACAGCAAAGAAUAAAAAUCCAAAGCAUCUGCUUAUUGAAGUAACAGGACAAACAGAGCAUACUAAUCUAAAACAGGUUAGGAUAACAUCCAACAAGAGAAAAACCUGGCAGCCUCUUUCAAAGAGUAGUAGAGAGCAUUUGCAAACUAUGAUGGAUUCAGUAAUAAUAGCAAUUUUGAGUAAUAAUGUUAGAGAAAAUGAACAAGUUCAGUAUCAUCUUAACUAUCUGAAGAAAAGAUUGCUUCAACUAUGUGAAACCCUUAAAGUACCUCCCAAAAAGCUGAAAGAUUUAACUAACGUGUCAAAUCUACUGAAAAUGGAAAGAGCACAGCACAGAGCUAAUGAAGAAGGUCUGUCAUUAUUGCAGGUAUGAAAUUUGAACAGGGAGUCCAUAAUUAGAGAGUUAGGAGAAAGAGGAAGAGAAUAAGAAAUUUUUUUAACUAUCAUGAUAUUCUCUGAAUAAUAAAUACUAGAUCUUAGAACAGGGUUUUCAUUAAAUUCUUCUUUUAUACUAAUUGUUAUUAUCGUAUGGCUAACAUGUAACCAGGGCUUUUGGUGUUCUAGGCACUGCUGUAGGCACUUGUAGUUAUAUCCCUUAAUUCUCAAAACAACUUCAAGAGGUGUGUG